GAGCGUCUCGAUCACCGAUCACGUGACAAUUUGGUUAAAGUUUGAGUUGCAAGAAUGGCGGAUAAAGAUGAGGGCGAGAAAACAAUCGCCGAGGACUUGGUCGUCACCAAGUAUAAAAUGGCUGGCGAUAUUGUCAAUCGAAUCUUGAAACAAGUGGUGGAGAAGUGCGUGGUGGGUGCAUCUGUGAGAACUCUGUGCGAGUGGGGCGACCAACAAAUUUUAGACGAAACCAGCAAAGUAUUUAAAAAAGAGAAAGAGCUCAAAAAGGGAAUCGCCUUCCCUACCUGCAUAUCCGUUAAUAACUGCAUUUGCCACUUCUCUCCAGUGGCCAACGAUGCCGACCUCAUUUUGAAGGACGAGGACUUGGUCAAAAUUGACAUGGGUGCCCAUGUGGAUGGAUUUAUUGCUGUGGUGGCCCAUUCGUUGGUUGUGGGCGCCAGCCUGGAGAAAAAGGUGACCGGCAGGAAGGCCGAUGUGAUGAUGGCAGCGCACCUUGCCUCCCAAGCCGCCCUUCGGCUUCUUAAACCUGGAAAUGAGACUUACACGAUAACAGAUGCUGUGCAGAAGGUGGUGGAGUCGUACAAGUGCAAGCCGAUCGAAGGCAUGCUCAGCCAUCAGCUUAAACAGUUCAAAAUUGAUGGCGAAAAGACGAUUAUCCAGAAUCCGAGUGACGCCCAGAAAAAGGAACACGAAAAGUUCGAAAUCGGGCCCAACGAGGUCUAUGCCAUGGACGUGCUCAUCAGCACCGGAGAUGGAAUCGGUCGUGAAGGGGACGCCAGAGUGUCGAUCUUCAAGAAGACGGAGGAGACGUACCAGCUGAAGCUGAAGGCGUCGCGCAUGUUCUACGCCGAGAUUUCCAACAAGUAUGGUACGAUGCCGUUCAAUAUCCGGCUGCUGCCAGAAGAAGGCAAAGCACGAAUGGGCGUUGUCGAGUGCCUCAACCACAAGUUGAUUGACGCCUUCCAGGUUCUCUAUGAGAAGCCAAACGAGUUAGUGGCUCAUUUUAAGUUUACUGUCCUCCUCAUGCCCAAUGGACCUCACCGCAUUACUGGCUACAAUUUUGAGCCCGAAUUUUACCACUCUGAGCUUACUGUGGAAGACGAGGAGAUCAAGAGUCUCCUCAAUCAAUCAGCUAACCCUAAAGCUGCCAAGAAAAAGAAGAAGAAGGCAGGCAAGGCUCUGGCUGGCGAGGUUGGAGAAGAAAAAUCGGAAGCUGACGCAUAGGACAGCAUUGUCAUUUCUUGUAAAUGUCGUACUGCCUACCUGGCUUGUUAAUUCCGUAUCUCUAAAUAAAUUUUGCAAUAUAAUAAUAAU